CAUUGUUUUAUUUCACAACAUGAGCUGGAUGUGCAUCCCUGCCACAUGUAUGAAAUUAUAUAUUGAAUGGAGAAAAGAAGUUUUUUCGUUAGUUUCUUCCAAAAUCAAAUUAUUAUUUUUUUUUUUGCAGAAAUAUGCAAAGUUUGUGGAAAUAUGCGACAGUAUCUAUCAUACCUCCUGACAUCGAGGCAAAAGUCCUAUAGAUGCACCGUAGAGCCAUUAGCAAAACACAUAUUUAAUGGAAGCGGGAUGUCUGUGGCAACUCUGAUGAUAACUGCAAGUAAAGGAAUUCUAGAUGGUGCUUAUGCGACAGGAAAAAAAAAAAGACUGAGUUAUAAACAUCCAUUUAAAAGAGCUUGUCAAAUAAUUACAUAGGAAAGUAGUUUUCCAACCAGUCUGAGAAGAGACCAUGUUUUUACAGCUUCACAGUUUCAGCAUUUAAACCCUCUUAAUGCCAGAAUUACAUAAAGGCCACAUCAUGAAACUGUUGUAAUUGUGAAAUAACAAAAACAAUGACGAUGUGCUCCAACCUGGUUUAUUACAGACAGCUGCAACUUUCAGGAUGAGGCACUUAUUCAUUCAGUAUUAUUGUGUUUCUUUGUGGGGGGAAAAAAUAUGCUUGAAAGGCAGAACAAAAAAAAAGAGAGAAAAAAAGGCUAAAUCCUGUCUGUGCUGAAGGGAUGGUGGUAAAAGAGUACAAGACUGUCUGAGCCACACUGAUAAAACCAGUUGAACUGCAAUUAUAUGUCAGUGACAUACUUGUCUUGAGGACUAAAGCUAUGUUAUAUAAAUGCACAUGGGUGUGUUUACGUGGCGAAGUAGGAGUAGAAGGAAGUGCAGUGCAAACCUAAUCAGAGUUAUCUAGGAUAUAGAUGCUGUAAAUGUGAUUUGCUGUAUUACACUGCUAGUAUAGAUAGGUUAGAAAUGGGACAUACAGGACUGUGUUAUGGUUUAAAUUUUCUGUUUUAGUGCUCCCGACCAGCAGCCAGUCAAUCUUUGUUUACAGAGCAUUUUUCAAGCAAUUAAUGGGGAACGCAAAGUGAUUUACAUAAGCUAGAUACAUAAGGCAGCAUCUAUGACCAAACAGAUAUAUAAAAAAUAAUUAGUGUGUUCAACAAGUAUGGAUUUAAAAAGAAGAAAUGUACAAAGAUGCAUUGUUAACAGAGGUUAACAAUUAAUUAAUUUAAAAAAUAAAUGAGAUGGAAAUGAACUAAAAUAGGAGAAAAGUGAGUAAAUCAUGAAAAUUACAGAAAAUAAAGUACAUUAAAAAUGUAAUCAGUAUAAAGCCAAACAGUGCUGAGCAGUUUAUCAUAAUUACCUAAAAUCAAACAAAACCCUAAACCACAAAGAUCAAUCUCAAAUUUGCUUUUAAAAACAUCAAUGGCCUCCCCUGGGAAAGAGUCUUCAGAAAGGCUUUUUGCCUUUUUUUGAGGAAAAUUAUGCACCACUGAGGGUUUUUGUUCCUCCUAAGACCUUUAAUGGCUUCAAAAGUGACUAAAAGCAUCUUAAGAUUGAUUCUUAAACAUGGAGCUAACUAGCAGCGAGGAGACCUGGGAAUGAGAAUGCUGCAUAAGCUCUCUUUCUGGUCUCAUAGUAGCCGUAGAAGGAGUCACAUUCUUUUAGGAAAGCCAUAAAUGUAUCGCAGUCAUCGAUUCUGCAGGUUGUGGUGGGGCUAAUGGAGGUAGCAAUAAACUCCGCAGAGGUUAAAUAAAACAAAAAUGCACAACAUUAUGCAUGUUUUCUUUGUAAAUAUUCAGACCUACAUCGUCCUGUUUUGUGGACAGGUUAAAGUGAAAUAUUCUUUAUUGUCCUUCAGUGAGAAAAUCAGGUAUAGCAGCAGUAAAGUGACAGCCAAGUAGAAGAAUGUACUUUCACAUCUAGGUAAAAAUGUACAUUAAAGGGCCUUCAGCUGUCAUGUGUUGUGAUCUGUUGGUAUGUAAAUUAACUAAAUUGAGCUAAAAUAAAAACAGAAAGUAGGAAAUGAGACUGUACAAUGAGGGCAGAUUUACGGCAUAAAAUGCUAUGGAAUUAUUAGAUAUACGCUAUAUUUACUUUAAAAAAAUCAUGCAAAAAAUCUGCAUCUGCAUAGGGUAUUUUAAGAAGCGUACAAAAGACAGACGUUUAAAACAAAUGGGAAAGACAUAAAAAUAACAGCAAGUGAUGGUUAUAGUCGUACAGCUGCUGGGAAGAAGGACCUGCUAUAAUGCUCCUUUGUGCACCUGGGAUGCAGCAGUCAGUCACUGAAGGAGUAUGUCACUGAUUUUUUUUCAGGAUAAUAGCUUUAAGCUGAUGGUAUUCAAAAGAUUUGUCAGAUAUACUGAUGUUGAUGCUUUAAAAAGAACUGUGACUUCUGGAAUAUCUGAGAUUUCAUAACAUAGUAUUUGCCCAAUAUCCACAAAUCAGUUGUCUGAGGAUUUUUUCUGAAUCCUGCAAGCCACAUUUAUUAAAUAAAUAAAUAAAUAAAUAAAUAACAGAAACAAACCCCUAAAAUAUUCCACUCUUUGUUUCAGGAAUCUUGAGUUUCACUUUUGGAGCUGAAUCACUGAAAAUGAUCAACUCCAAAGCAGCAGCAGCAGACAGUUUUAAUGAACUGCUGAGAGUUGAACAGAGAGCCUGUGCAUGCCGAGGGGUUUUUGUUUGCUUUUGUCUUUUUCCCCUGCGUCUGUUUGAACACAGACGGUGGUCGCAGGGCAGAUGAGAGCCGUUCAAAGCUGACUCAUAUCAAAGGCCCUCUGGCUCUUUGUGAUGCUGUGUUUGCGACAGGUGACAUUUUGGGCUGGAAACCGUUUGUGACUUUGAACGCCCGCCCUGAGCCGAACCUGUCCUGCGCCAACAGGGAGCAGGAGAGCAGGUGGGAGGGAGGCUGCUGAGGGAAACUCACUUUUCCCUCUGCAGAUCGCAGCGACGCAUGAAGGCGCUUCUUCUUCUUCUAAAAACAAAACAAAGGCAAAUGUUUCAAAGGAUUAACAACGACUUCGGUGUGAAAUGAUUUCUUUCCGGCUGAACUGACAGCAAAAAGAACCAUAAGGGCAAAUGGGGGAUCCUCUGACAGACUCCAGCCCCCUCAUCAGCGCAGCCUCCUGCGGGAAGCUUCGUCUGGUCCGCCUCCUCGUGGAAGGCGGGGCUCAGGUGAACGGGAGCAACCAGAGAGGAGAGACGCCCCUCUUGGCUGCCUGCAAGGCCCUGAGAGGAGAGCCAGCCGGGAAGGAGAGUGUGAAACUCCUGAGAUUCCUGCUGCAGAAUAAGGCAGAUCCCAACGCACAGGACCAGGAGGGUCGCACUCCUCUGAUGUACACCUGUAUGCAGAGAGCGGGCGCUCCGGUGGCGUCCGCCCUGGUGGCUGCAGGAGCUGACCCGUGCAUAGAGGACGGCUCUGGAGCCUCAGCUUUGGUCUACGCCAUCAACGCACAGCACCAACCCACAGUGCAGGUGCUAAUAGACGCUUGCCGGGCCAAAGGUCGUGACAUCAUCAUCAUUGCUACGGAGACGGGUGCGAACAGAGGCCCAGUGACCAGGAGGUACCUGAACGUCCCCCCGUCUCCGGACUCCUCCCCCGUGUCCUGCAUGUCCCCGUCCGACAUCAUCCUGAAGACGGGCUCGCCAAGCUCGCCUGAGGGGGGAAACAUCUUCAACUUCAGAGGAACAACAGGCAAACACGGAAGCGGCAGCAGACGCUCGUCGUUCGAGCUGAGUCAGUCAAGUCCAUGUAGGGGUCCGGCUUCCAGACAGAGGGUGUCGUCUGAACCGUGGUUGGCCAUCAACAACCUGGACUCCCUGCAGAGGGCUUAUGAACGGGGAAUGAGGGAGAGGAACCUCGAGGAGGAAGGAGAGGUGCAGGGAGAAUGUGGAGACGAGGACGUAGACGUGGCGCGCAGACCGGAUGCUGGGUUUACCGGGGACAUUCGUAAAUGCUGGAGUAAGGACUCGGUUACAACUAAAUCAGACGGCGGUGUUCCCAAGAGGAUUCUGUCACCAGGAGGGUCAGACACGAAGCUUUCAGCCUGCUCAUCCCGUCGCUUUUAUCUCCGCAGGAACACCCUCCCCUCUGUCGCUGCGGUCAAUCCUCCCCUUCACCUCCCGCCCUUAACGAAGCAACCGGACCCUCACCUGCAGGUGCCAGCUAACGUUUUACCUGCAGGAAGCAGCAGACGCGUGUCCUGGUUUCAGCCGCGCCCGCCCUGCUCCUCCUCUCCCCCGACCUCUGCCAGAGCGGCCCUGCUCCCUCUGCUGCCCCAGGCCUCCUCUCUGUUCGCUCCUGCUGGCUUCAGUCACAGGGAGAGGAGCGGGAGGUCACCGCGUCGCCACUCGGCGCAGUUGGAACAAAAUAAUUUGGACUUCUGAAACUGUGAAGCUAUAGGUUUGCGGUCUGGUUUUAUUUUAUUUAAAUAAGUGUCGAGUCCAGCCACAUCUGCAGCUUCCUGCAUUAUUUUGUAUCAGUUCUUGAUCUGAAUGAGUUUCACCUUCUAUGAAGUAGAUGUAAAGACUAGCCGCAAAACUAGUUAACAUCUUUUCACUCAGUCUGUGUGUUUUUGAAUGUCGUUUUGUAGCCUAAUGGAAAAAUAUUUGAGAAGAAAAAUGUUCUGGUUUCAAAUUUAGAAGGAACAUAGGAGCUAGUGUUCAUGGCAAAAGGAGUGAAGUCAUUUUAUUUCUUUUUAAUAUGUAUCUACAACAAGAGGGACACAGGCAAAAACGACCGACAAGUUGAUGGAAAUUAAAACAAAACAAUAAAAUAAAGUACAUUUAAUCAGCAUCGAUGUAGAUU